CGUUGGUAAAAAGGAAAACAAACCCAUGUGGUUUUCUCACCGAUUGCAGAAACAUUUGAACAGUUAUAUUUUGAACCCACAGGUGAUGCAGAUGCCAGGCAUGUCCUGAGGAGAGAGUGAUGGAGAACAUGAGGAAGAUGUUGUAGAGAACCACAGCUACAAUAGUCGCCCAGUAUGGAGCGUCUGAGGGCGGAGAUGUCCGGUGUCACCUUGUGUUGUGACUCUGGUAGCCAUGCUGGUCUGGAAACAGAAUUUACAUGGAAGAAACCACUGGAACUGUUUUCUGAGAAGAAAGUCAUCAAGAUGUGUGCACCCAUGGUUAGAUACUCAAAACUCCCGUUCCGGCUGCUGGUCAGGAAGUAUGACUGUGAUAUCGCCUUCACCCCGAUGAUCAUCUCCGACAGUUUCAUACAAUCACAGAAAGCCAGGGACAGUGAUUUUACAACCUGUAAACAUGAUCGACCCCUGAUUGUACAGUUUGCUGCAAGUAAACCCAAAGAUUUUGCUGAUGCUGCAGAAAUUGUGUCACCAUAUGCUGAUGGUGUCGAUCUCAACUGUGGCUGCCCUCAAAGAUGGGCAAUGGCUGAUGGCUACGGAGCUUGUCUCAUCAAGAAACCAGAGCUGAUGUGUGACAUUGUGAAGGAAGCGAGAGCCAGAGUUCCUCAGGAAGAAUUUACAGUAUCAGUGAAAAUACGAAUACAUAAAGAUAUCAGGGAUACAGUUGACCUUUGUCAAAAGGUGGAGAAGGCUGGCGCCUCCUUCAUAUCCGUCCACGGUCGCACCAAGCAUGAACGCUGCCAACCUGUCCACUACGACGCCAUCAAGGUCAUCAAGGAUAGCGUCAGUGUACCAGUGGUUGCCAAUGGUGACAUCAAGUCCAUGGAUGAUGUGUCAGAUGUCUGUGAUAAGACAGGAGUGGAUGGUGAGUUGAUGUCUGUGCCAAGACAGGAGUGGAUGGUGAGUACAGGAGUGGAUGGUGAGUUGAUGUCUGUGCCAAGACAGGAGGAUGGUGAGUUGAUGUCUGUGCCAAGACAGGAGAUUGAGUUGAUGUCUGUGCCAAGACAGGAGUGGAUGACAGGAGUGGAUGGUGAGUUGAUGUCUGUGCCAAGACAGGAGAGGAUGUUGAGUCGAUGUCUGUGCCAAGACAGGAGUGGAUGGUGUGACCAGCAUAACCCACCUUCACCCCCUGCAAUGUGUGUGAAUGAGUGGGUGGACCUAGGUCUGAGUCUCGGAGCGCCGUUCUCCAACUUCCACCACCACCUCAUGUAUAUGCUGGAGCCAAACCUGUGUCGGGCAGAGCGCCGGUACUUCAACUCCCUCACCAGCAUGUCCAGUGUCCUCGACUACCUCAACACCAACUACAGCAUCUCCUGACACUGGGCUUCUGACAUCAACAACAGUGGUCCCACACGCCCACUAUGGGGAGACUCAUGGUUAUAGAUAACUAGCCUGAUCAGUCUCCAAUGUGCACAACAAUUUUCACACAAGACCUAGGCUUAUAACAAGGA